AUGAUAUAUCAAAAAAAUCUCGUUCGCUGUUUUUAGUAACCAAGAGAAGCCGCAAUGGCGGCCAGUUGAAAUAUUUCAGCUUCGCGUAUUUUAGUACAAACAUUCCAUUCUCAUAAGUGUAUGUAUUAAUAUAAAAGCAGUAGAAUGGGAUCGGGAGCAAGUUCUGGUGUUAGGGAAAUACGAAUAGACCAGGAGAGUGAAAAAUAUGAGAGAUAUGACAGACCCCGGAGUAACAGGGAAGGCAAGGAAAGACGUGCGUACAUGAUGGACAGGGAGUUGGCAGUGCUACAAGCAGAUUUGGCAAAAUGCAGACAAGCAAUGGCUGUUGCUGAAGAGAAAGCAUCUUCUUCAGAGGCAGAAGCCAGGGAGUUGGAAAAACAGAUGUCUACCUUGGAGAGUACCAACCUAGAUUUAUUGGAAAGGAUACAACAACUGGAGGAAAAGAUAGAGAGUUUGCAUGCUCAGAAGUGGGAAGAUAAAUCAGAGGAAUGUAAUGAAACAUUGAAGGCUAAGGAUCAGUAUAUAGAGAAACUGGAAAAACAGACAAACACCAUAAAUGCUGAGAUUGAGAAAAUGAAAAUAAGAUUCAAGAAAAAGCUUCGUGUGGCUCAUGCUAAACUAGCAGAAAACAAACAGGAAUCCACACUGAAAAUGUUUGAAUUGAAGGAUGAAAUUGCCAAAAUGACUGAGGAGAAGGCAAAAUUAAUAGAACGUCUAAAUAGAGCCCAAUCUGCUGUAACACAGGACAAGGAAAGAAAUGUAACUGGGAAUGCAGAUGAAGCAGAGAGUGAGGAAUGGGAAGACAGCAGAAUGAAAAUUAUACUUGAACUUUCUAAUCAGGUCUCAGAGCAAGACCUGAAGAUUCAAGACCUUCAAAGAAAAUUGUCAGAAAAAGACAAACUGGUCCAGGAUCUUUCUGCACGAGUUAAAGAAUUGGAGGCUGGUGCCAAAUCUCAGGUAAAAGUGAAUGGUAGUGGUGCAGCUCAUACUGAAGUUGAUCAGACAUCAGCGGAUAUCUUGGAGUUAAGAGAAAUUGCAAGAGAAAUGAAAAAACUCAAGAAAACAACAAAAAACUCUAGCAAAACUCCUGACAAAUAUGAGGAUACUCUGUCCUAUACAAGUAGGGAUUCUGACCUUAACAAGGAAGGGAGUAUGAAACAUGUAAUGGGAAGUUAUAAUCCAAAUAAUAAAGAUACUAGUCUUGAUCUCAGAAAAUCUCAAAAUGGAGUGAAAGCAGAACUGCCUUUAACAGAAAAUGUUCUAGUUUCCCAUGUUCAUAAAGAUAGUGACACUGAACCAUCCUCUAGGGCUUCUAGUGCAAGAACCAAAAGGAGAACAAAGAAAAUAGAGUCCUUAAAAAGCAGAACUUCAUUGAAGUCUGAUGAGGCUUGCAAUACUGAUACUAGUAGACCUGCUAGCAACAAUUCACAGAAAUAUUCUUUUUUUAAAAAUAGAACUGCACCCUCCUCAGCAACCAGUAAAUCCUCAAAAAACUCUGAGCUUGAUAAAGAAUCUGACAUUGAUAGUUUUGAUGAUGAAGAUGUUUGGGAAAACAGCAGAAAAUCAAAGACCUCACACACAAUGAAUAGGUCUGCAUCUGGAAAAUUUAGGACAAAAGGUUCAAAUGGGAAAUCAGAACUGUUUCUUGCACCAUACCAAGGCCAUGAAGAUGCAGCCAGUAUGUGUAAUUUAUAUACUAUGGAAGGCGAAGUUAUUUUGGAUCCAUCUACUUCUGGUACACCUGUAUCCCAAACACUGUUUGCAGUGCCUACUUAGAGUUUAAAGAAGUAUUGAAGUAUUAUUAACUGCAUGGUGCUUUCACAUACAAUUUACCAGAACAAUUUGAUGAGAACACAUUUUCUCCAACCUAGACAAUCCAUGGUGUUUCUAAGUCUUUUGGCAAAAUUAUUUGUAUAGCUUCCCCAGCCAUUAUGUGAUUUGGUUAAAUUUGCUGUAUAUUUAAUGACUGAUGUAUAAUUUGUAACAUUUGGUAUUUGUGUAUUUGAGUCUGAGGGGCAGUCCUAAGUAUUUUCUUGGCUUAUACUUGCAAAAUGUCUAAGAGACCCUUUAAAUUAAAUUUUGCACAAUUCAUUAAUGUUAUGAACCACAGGUCCUUUCAUCUAUAUAUAUGAAAUGCCUUGAUGUAAUUAAAGCAAAACAGGGCAUACUCUGGAUAUUUAGAAUUCCUGACUAUCACAAGAUUAAUGGCACAUUCUUCUUAUCAUAAUUGUUAUCUGUUUUUGAGAUUUUAUUUUCUAAAUUGUUGCAUAUUAUGUCUCAUCAUUUGUAUCAAAAGUGCAAUACAUGCUGUGAAUAACAAACUAUACUUAUGUAAUGCUAGACCAUGGUAUCAUUGGUAUAUAGUAAGAAAAACAAUUGCAAUAUUUAGAAUAUCUUUAAAGCUGACCAUUAGUUACAAUGUCCUUUAUUUUUCAAACACAGAAACAAACAUACACAGAAAAAAUCCACUCAUUGUGAGCUAUGGGUAAGUUGGUAACAUUGCCCAGGACUGCAUUAAUUUUUUUUGUAUGUGUUCAGAAUACAUCACAAUUUCCUUUUCAAAUGUUAAAUAAAGAUA